AUUAGUGUCAAAUAGUGUCAUUCAACAUUUAAUACAAAUUAAACUUUCGAAUUCGUCGCAAAGUAUCCGUUCAUUCGUUUGCUAUUAUCAAAGAUUCAUAAUAAAAUCAUUUUUUCCUGGUGGACUCCCUCCUAGUGCAACAUUUUAAUUUUAAUUUGAAGUGUAACAACUGGGAAAUUCGAAAUAAGUUUGUUUUAUCCCGGAAGGUUAGAGUUCGAACUUUGCGCUCGAUAACUUUUCUUGAUCAUCUCUUUUAUAAUGGGUGAUAAUGCAGCUCCAUCAGAUUCAACGAACAGGAGAGGGCUUAAUCUUGAUGCUCUAAAAGUUCACAUUUACACCCAUAAAAUAGAUUGUGCAUUAUGGGCUAUUCGAAUGUCCAUAAUUAUGUUCACCCUAGGAUAUUUCAUACCAAUAUUUGGGAGUUCCCAAAGUGCCUAUAACAAGGCCCUAAUCGCCAAUGCUGCUGUCAGUGCUUUAAGAUUACAUCAGAGGAUUCCUCAAUUCCAAUUGAGUAGGAAUUUCUUAUCGAUAUUGCUGCAAGAGGAUAGUUGUCAUUACCUUUCCUAUUCGAUUAUAUUUAUGUAUGACACUCAGCCAGUAACACUUGUCCUGAUGCCAAUCUUUUUAUUCGCUACAUUGCACGCUGCAAGCUAUUCUUUGACGCUACUGGAUACUCUAGGGCAAAACUCAUGGUGGGGUGCUAGAUUGUUGAUUUCACUGAUAGAAUUCCAGUCUUUGAAUAUACUACGAUUGGUUGCUUUUGUUGAGAUCAUCUUGAUGCCUUUCUCUGUUUUACUGAUCUUGCUAGGAAGAGCCAGGCUGAUGACACCCUUCAUCUACUACCAUUUCCUGGUCCAAAGAUAUGCAUCAAGAAGAAAUCCUUACACCAGGAACAUGUUCAGGGAAUUGAGAGUUUUAUUGGAAUCGACAGCAGCGAAACCCAAUCUGCCCGGUGUACUGAGAUCUUUGCUCCUGACCAUAGUGGCUUUCACCAGUAGGUUAGCACCUGCAGUUCAACAAGCUCCACCCUCGGCUCAGUAGAAUUAAUUUCCAUGUAAAAUUUUGUUCGAAUAACACUUACAAGUGCCCUGCCAAUAAGUUGCAAAAGGGAAUAAAACAUAUAGCUCUUUUUACUGAUUGUAUUUAUACCGAAGUCGUUUUUUAAUUGUUGUGGUAUCAGUUUUUAGAUACUAUUUUUUAUGUCUAUGUCCAUCUGAGGAUUUGAUAAUUUUAAUAUUCGCAUAUAAUUAUUUUGCAUAAUGAACAAAUUCACUUUAAAAAUUUUAAUAGUCUCCGUGAGCAAGUGUCUUCAAUACUAUCUUUUUAUAGUUGUAGGUUAAGAGAGCUGUAUAUUCAAUCCUAAAAUUUUAAAGACAUUUGCCAUUUUUUCGUCGAUAGAAAUGUAAAAUAUGCAACUCCGAGAUUAAUAUAAUUCAGAUGCUGAAUGAAUGAAGUUCACCGUUGUUCAACUUCAUUCAGGUGGUUCAAAAUGUGACUGAUGAUGUUUUUUUGUGGGUAGGAAUUUGAAUCCUUGCUCUUCUAGAAUCUGCACUUUUUAUACUGAAAUUUAGACCUAUUAGAACAAACUAAAUGUUUGAUAAUUCAUUUACAUUUUAUAUGGAAGUUUCAACAGUAUUGGAUGUUCGGGUAUCGGGGACAGUUAAGGAAUUGUUAUAAUUUUUAUUUAAUUUUCUGAUGAAUUGGAAAUUUUUUUUUUAUAUAGCAUAACUUUUUUUGUAGUAAUUUUUUCAAAAACGUAUCGAAAAUAAUUAAAUACAGUUUUCUCUAUGUAUACACGUAAUUUUUAUCAUUUGGUUAUUCUGAAAUUUAAUUAGGGUUAUGAAUGUUCAUUGGAAUGCAAUAUCUAUCUUUGACUUUAUUCGCAAAACACUGGUAUUUGUGAGCUUAUUAUGAUGGUAUGUUAUUUUGUUGUAUUUUGAAUAAAUUAAGUGGUUGAUGAA